UUAGACUAAUUGUAUUAUCAUUAAAAUUCUGGUGCAGUUUUCAAAUUUUAGAACGGAAUGGAUGAUGUUGACUUUCCGCCACCACCUCCGCCAUUACUCCCACAUGUCGAGUUGUUGUCUUCCAACAAAAAAACUCCCUUCGUCGAACUCUAUUUGACCUCGUUCGCGUCGGCCUGUAGUGCCGAAAUGGUCGGCUAUCCCUUUGAUGUAUGCAAGACGCGUAUGCAGAUUCAGGGCGAGGCGGCGAGUAAGUCGGGCCAGGCGGUUAAGUAUCGCGGCAUGCUGGCCACCGGAUUGGGCAUUAUUAAGGAGGAAGGUCUGUUGAAGCUGUACGGUGGGCUUUCCGCCAUGGCUUUGCGCCAUUUUGUCUUCAGUGGACUGAAGAUGGCCUUCUACGACUUUUUUCGCAACAGUUUGCUCAUUUAUGAUAAAGAUGGGAAGCCCCAAUUGACCUUCCUGAGAGGGUCCUUUUGUGGCGUCAUGGGAGGCGCUUGCGCCAACGUAAUAUCCUCACCCACUGAUUUGAUCAAAGUGCAAAUGCAAAUGGAGGGUAAGCGACGUCUACUGGGCGAACCGCCUCGGAUACACAACGUCUUCCAGGCCGUUACUUCGAUCUAUAAGGCUGGCGGCGUGGUGGGCCUCUGGAAGGGCACUGUGCCGAAUACUUGGCGAGCGGCACUCGUUACCCUGGGCGAUGUGAGCUUCUAUGACUUGAGCAAACGUACUAUAAUGGAUACUUUCGACGUGGCUGAUAAUCGCGUCGUACAGUUUGUGGGCGCCAUGAUCGCUGGCUUUGCCGGUGCAGCUCUGAGUACGCCCGCCGAUGUCGUCAAGUCGCGUAUUAUGAAUCAGCCAACGGACGAGAAGGGCCGUGGCCUACACUACAAGGGCACCCUCGACUGCUUCAAUAAGUUGGUCAAGCAGGAGGGAUUCCUAGCCAUGUACAAGGGAUUCGUGCCCUAUUGGUUGCGGGUGGGUCCCUGGACCAUGGUAUUUUGGACGACAUUCGAGCAGAUAAGACGUUUUCGUGGCGAUGAGGGCUAUUGAAAUUAUUGUGCAAUAUCUAUUUAUAUUUUCGUCUAGAUUUUACAUAAAACGUAUAUACUUGUAGUAUAGUAGUCCCUA